AUGCGUACAAGUUCCGUCACACGCUACAACGUUCUCGACAACGACCAAGUCUUUUCAAACGAUGCCUGGGAGCCCAUUCAGGAACUGGAAGUUCCUGACGCAGACCUCGGUGUGUAUUUCAUGCAGAUGAAGGAUAUCAGGUAUCUCGAACCCGUCACCGACUUAUGGUUUGAAGCUCUGGACAAGGUGGUCAACAACGAUUCUGAGAGAUUCCUUUGGUCCCUACGCGCCAUCAGGGAUAUGGCCGGUGGCUUCCAUGAACUCGUCAGCCAGCUCAAGGGCGGAUCGCUUCUCGCGAGUGAUUAUGUCUCAAAUAGUGGGCAGGGUGGUUUACCAGACAAUCAGUGGGAGCUGGAGCUGGAGCAUUGGUUCAAAUUCACGAUGGCCGACUUACAAAGAGCCAUACUCGAGCAAGCGACUGGUCCAGUUGUCCCAGAGGCUGUGCCAUUCUUUUCAGCGCCCACGUCUCCGGAAACACGAGCGCUCUGUGGUAGUCAGAAGAUCAGGAGCGACUCCUAUACUUCGUUCAAUGUGCUCGGCCUUAUAUUGAUGUUUUCCAUCGGAAGCCUCAUCAUGCUUGUCGCUGCCUGUCUACCGUCUGUUACUGCGCGUUUGCAGCGGAAGAAGCCAUUUUCCAGUAUCGAGUGGGUCACAAACGAUACACUGCAGCUACAGCGGCUUGCACACGAGGCUGUCGGGGCCGGACAGUGGCAGGGCGCGUGCGAUGAUUAUCCGCGAACGCGAAAGGGAGAUCUUCUGGCAGUAAUCGAUAUAUCCAACAAGGAACACCCUGUGCUCCGAGCUCCCGCAGCGGCCGAGAUGGUGAAGGAAGCAGAGCAAGCCGAGGAAUCUCAGGACGAGGAACAAGGUAUGCAGGAGCAGAGAAGCGAAGGAAGCGUCGAAGAGUGGAGCGAGGGCCUCAAUAUGGCAGGUCCAAGAGGGGAAAGAAAGGCGGAGUGGCAGAGGAAUGACUCAAUCCACGAGUCUUUGAUGAGUGUCGAGAUUCCGCGCGUGUCUUUGGAGCUGUCACAUCGCUUUGCCGCUGAAAUCUGUUAG